AUGUCAUCUGCUGUUAGUGCCUUACAACCGGAGCUUUGGACAAGCUCCUCGAAUGAAGUCCUCAAAAUUUUCAUCACAGAUGGAACAGGUGCUAUCAACUUUUCUCCCGAGUUCACCUACCCCAUUUUUGGUGAUGCCGAGACAAUUUAUGGGUAUAAGGAUUUAGUAAUAUUCUUAUGCUUUGACCACUAUACAUUCUAUCCAUUUUUGAACAUAAAGUAUAGCGAAAAGUUGGAUGACCCAGAGAUUGGUGACUUGAAGGAAAAAAUAUCGGAAUUCUUACCAUUAACUACAGUUUUCAAGGAUGAAGAGAAGUGGGUGGACUCCAUUGAAGAUGAAAAGAAACAAUACCAAAUUCCAGGUGAUUUGGUUCAAGAGUUCACCAAAGAUGGUGAAGAUUUUUCCAUCUACAAGUUGAAUCUCAGUGAUGUGGCUGGGCUUGAGCUUCAUAAAAGGCUUCAAAUAUUGGUCCUUCUCUUCAUUGAAGCAGGAUCAUACAUCGAUGCAGGCGAUAAACUAUGGGAAGUGUAUGUGUUGUACAAAAAAUCCGCAAAGGAACCUUCCAUUGUUGGUUUCACUACCGUCUACAAUUAUUGGAGAUACGGAGGAGCUGAAAAGUUCGAUUUGGAUGUACAACAAGUUCGCAAAAAGAUUUCACAGUUCAUAAUUAUGCCCCCACAUCAAGGAAAGGGAUUAGGAGGAACGUUUUACAAGCAAUUGAGUGAACAAUGGGACAAGGAUGCACUGGUUACAGAGAUUGUGAUUGAGGAUCCUAAUGAAAGUUUUGACGAUUUGAGAGAUAGGGUGGAUUUAAAGCGGUUAAACGAGCAAAUCGACAUCUCUGCCAUCUCUACCGCUUCUAGCCCCGAGUGGUUGAAUACCACUCGCACAGCAUUGAAGUUGGAGAAGAGGCAGUUUUCUCGUUUGGUGGAAAUGAUCCUACUUUACAAGUUGAAGCACAAGCAGGACGAAAGUGCUCGUGCCGUGCGUUUACACAUAAAAAGACGUUUGUAUGAAAAAAAUAAGGACGGCUUGAGCGGACUUGAUGAGAACACAAAGAAGGAUAAAUUGCAAACUGCUUACAUCGCUUUGGAAGAGGACUACUACAGGAUAUUGGGCGACAUCAAAUUGAACACCAAGAGAAAGACUGAGGAGGGGUCGACUGGAGUCAAGAAAAAGAAGAUAUAG